CCUAAGGUGGGAGGCGGCACCCGUGGCUGAGAAGGAGGCCUGAGAGCGACAUGUCCCCGGCGGCUGAGGCACAGCGGCCCGUGGCGCUGUUUUUCUGAGUCCGGGGCGGCCUGGCGGCCGGCUGAGGACAAGACUCGGCGGAGGCUGCCCCCGCUGUGAAGGCCGCCAUGCUAGGCGUUCGGGCGGUUGAGGGAGCCGCCGUGGCGCUCCUGCGACUGCUGCUUCUGCUGCUGCCGGCGCUCGGCGUGGUCCGCUUGGCGGGGGCCGGGCUGCCCGAGAGCGUGAUUUGGGCCGUCAACGCGGGCGGGGAGGCGCAUGUGGACGUGCACGGGAUCCACUUCCGCAAGGACCCUUUGGAAGGCCGGGUGGGCCGAGCCUCUGACUAUGGCAUGAAGCUGCCAAUCCUGCGUUCCAACCCAGAGGACCAGAUCCUGUAUCAGACGGAGAGGUACAAUGAGGAGACCUUUGGCUACGAAGUGCCCAUCAAGGAGGAGGGGGACUACGUGCUGGUGCUGAAGUUUGCCGAGGUCUACUUUGCACAGUCCCAGCAGAAGGUAUUUGACGUGCGGUUGAACGGCCACGUGGUGGUGAAGGACCUGGAUAUCUUUGAUCGCGUAGGGCACAGUACUGCCCACGAUGAGAUCAUCCCGAUGAGCAUCCGGAAGGGGAAGCUGAGCGUCCAGGGCGAGGUGUCCACCUUCACAGGCAAACUCUACAUCGAGUUUGUCAAGGGAUACUAUGACAACCCCAAAGUCUGUGCACUCUACAUCAUGGCUGGGACAGUGGAUGAUGUACCAAAGCUGCAGCCUCAUCCAGGACUGGAAAAGAAAGAAGAGGAGGAGGAGGAAGAAGAAUACGAUGAAGGGUCUAAUCUCAAGAGACAGACCAAUAAGAACCGAGUGCAGUCGGGCCCCCGCACGCCCAACCCCUACGCCUCGGACAACAGCAGCCUCAUGUUUCCCAUCCUGGUGGCCUUCGGAGUCUUCAUUCCAACCCUCUUCUGCCUCUGCCGGUUGUGAGAACCAAUCACCAUCCUGAACAGGUGGAGGAGUGUGGGAAAGAAACCGAACGUGUUGGUUUGGGUUUCUGUAUUUUUUAUAGUGAUUAACAAAAGCAAAUGAGAAAACACACACACACACACACACACACACACACACACACACACACAAUUAAAGGAGAUGAAAAGAGGCAGAGUGACUAGAGAGCAGCCCUCGUCCACCACCUGGUCCCAGACCUGCUCUAGUCCUCGUCCUCUCCCUGGGGCAGCCCCCAGCUAUCUCUUUCCUCCCUAGGGUGUGUAGGGUAAACUGGAUCCCACCUGGCCAAGGGUCUUCGUCCAGUGGAAGGGACUCUGAACUCAGAGCCGACCUGGUUCCUUUUUUUUAGGUUAGAAAUUAACAGCAGGGAAAUACAAUCUUCUUACUCCAGAAGACCAGCGCUGGGAGUUGGGUAUGUUCUGAAGUGACGUCCAGAGAAGUUUUCAGACCUGGGAUUCCAAGUGGGUGUGCGGUCUGUGUGUGUGUGUGUGUGUGUGUGUGUGUGUGUGUGUGAAGGUGUAUAAUUUGUAUGAUAAGACAAAAACGGAAGGGGGAUUCAAAAGAAGAAAAGUUGAUACUUCCUUACACGGAAGCCUGUCUGGUUUUAGCCCAGUGACGGUUCCACCUUAAGUGUUUGAGCUUUGUCAUCGCUUGUCUCCCUGACACGCGCCAGUUAGAGGACUGUCUGGUAUCCAAGACGAUUCGUUUCUAUCAGGUCCUCGAGUUGCCUAUGACUUCUUACCACAGCAGAUCAUUUUGAUUUCAGUGCCUGUUGGGGACUUGGUUUCCUCUCUCUCUCUUAUUUUUCUGAAUCUUGCUCAUUUGGAAAUCUCUUCUCGCUCUCUCUCAACCAUCCUGCUAAGUUAUUGCCAAGAAGGGAAGGAGACAUUGGGGAUCUGGAGUUCCCUCUGCUUGAAUGUCUUCUCCUCCACCACCUCACCUUACUGGUACCUCCCUCCCUGGAUCUCUGAGCCAGCAGCCAGGAGGACCUGACCGAGCAGCUCUGUUACUGGCCCCUUUGUAGGGGCUCGCUGCCAGGGGACACAGAGGCUUUCCAGCCUGCAGAUACAGAACACUUGACCUUAAAAGUCUCUUCUAGUCUUUGGAUUGGAAAAGGCUUACGUUAGCAUAACUUAAGAGCAACCUCAGAGACCUGAGCCCUACUAAGUGACUGACCACUGUUGAGAGUAUCUAGUAUCCGACGUUCAUUGAUUCCCUCCUCAUCCUACGUCACGGUUCAGCCAGUUUUGGUUUAAGGCUAGAGCUGCCCAAGGAGCUAGACUGAUUGUAUCUGGCCCAGUGACGCCUCUCACUGACCUUACGAGUGCGCCCUUAUGACCUUUCAUUUCCCUGUCCAGGUCGCUGCCAAGUUCUUGGUGUGAUGGGGCAGGAAGGCUACCAGGCAGCCCUAGUCCUGGCAGCCCCGGAUAUGUCUGUCUUGAAUUCCCUGUGAAAAUUUUCUGCGGGAAGUGAGGCUCCCUGUUGCCCUCCUUUCUGAUCCCAGUCAUCCUUUUCCCCAUUAGGGGAGCAGUGAGCUGGGACCCAGCCAAGCUACAAGGAGUUUUGUGGCUGGAGAGCCGCAGGAUGAACUGCUGCUGGGGCUGGAACAGCACAGACUCUCAGGCCAGGCCCAUCUUUAGAACCUGUUGAAUUUUGAGUUUGUCUGGUUUCCAAGAGCUCUGCGUAUUUGAACUGCUAGUUUUGGGACAAAAGAAGUAGCCCCUGGGCUCCCGUCCUGGGUUUGGGUUCUGACCGAAAUUACUCCAGGUCCUCCUUUUAGUCCUUCGAGAGAGUCAAAGCCCUUCAUUUCAGCUGCGACUUAGACGUCCGUGCUCAGGCAAGAGUCAGGCAGCUGGGUCGCUGCGGCCUGAAGCUAUGACUAGAGGCGCACUUGGAGUGCGUCACAAAGCCUCCUGCGUUUCGGGGGGACGUCCUGAAGCCUCUGUCCUGGGGACCGCCUGCCUGGGGCAGUGGGCGUCCUGACGGUGGCUUGGAUUCCCGUCCCAACCCCGCUCUCCUGAGGCCACUGCCCACGGGGUAAACAGGAUGCGGGAGGGCUUGCGGCCGCCAUCUUGCCUUGUCCAUUCGUUUGCUGGGCCUCUCCGAGGAAGGAGGCUCCCCGCCUCCUCACCUCAACCCUUCCCUCCAGUGACUCAGAGUCUCAGAAGGAAACCCUGACUCCUGGGGCCAUUUCCUCACGGUACUGUAAGCCAAGCAGCCUCGCUUCUGCCUCUGUUUCCCAGCCCACCCUUUCCCUGAGCUCAAGGACAGGGAUGGGCGCUUUCCUCUUUGGUUGUGUCUGAAAGGAAGGAACAGCUUUCUGUGGCUCAUAAAAGCUAAAGGGGAAGUGAGGAAACAGGAAGAAGUAUGGCGGGGGCGGGGGUCAAGUCCCCUGUAGCCAAGCCCACCCAGCUCUCAGAGCCGCCCAGGGCUGGUCACGGUUGGCUUGGGAUGCUGAACUUGAAAGCUUUUUGGUUUGUUUGUUUGUUUGUUUUGCUCCUUCAAGAUGUUAUAGGUACAUGAAGUUUAGGUUAAAGGGGUGGGAAUGGGGUACUGUUUAUUUUUAUUUUUUGUUUAGUGCGUGUCAAGAAUUACUCUGUUGUUUAUCCUUUGCUCUUUGCACUGUUUGUCCCCGCGUCUGUGUCUUGAGCUGGUGCUAGGGCUGAGAGUCUGCGGCGGUAGGGGAGUUGCUGGCUAGGGCUGGGGAGGUGAGAAGUCAGGCCCAUUAGAGGUGGGAAAGGAAAGGCCUCGACUUUUCUCUAGGAGAUCCACCCUCUGUCCGAGCUUCUGAGAUCCUCCUCAGCCCAGCUGGCCAGAGCCAAGAGCAAACGCUAACUGAGAUGAAACUCCUGGUGCCCGAAGUGUGGCUCAGGUCCAGUUUCCAGUUGGACAGGGCACAGAUGUCCGUGGGAGGUGGGCUGAGCCUGCAGUGUCGCCCUGAUUGGGGUCAGGGACCAGCUGGCCUCCAAUCAGACUUUUAGGGGGCUUCACUCAACGCUGAUGGGAACAUCAUGCCAGGAAACAAUCUGUGGGACCCAUGUACCCUAAACCAAAUAUGUUGUUCUGGGGGGAAGAAAAAGAAAAAACCUGUAUGACCGAGAAGAAGCUGCUCAAUGUUUACCUUGCGUUUCGGUGACUUGAAAGAUGGUUCUCUUUGUUUCGGUGGUAUUAGACUCGCAGGAGGACCACAGGGCCUGCAGGCCCACCUGUCGUCGCUUGGAGAGUGUGAUCUUGUUUUCCCAUUCCCACCAUUUGCCUAAGAGAUACUGGCCUGAAAUUGGAGGAUCAUAUUAGAAGUCACUUAGGCUUUGAAGAGAUGGGGUAAAGUGUUUGAGUUACGUUAACUGCCCCCUUUCUGUUCCUGGGGACUGUUUAAUCCAGUUUUAGAAUCGCAUUGUGACUUCUUUUCUUUUUGGAGAAGCUUCUGUUUUUAAGGAAUUUCUCACCCUUCACAUCCUGCUUCUGCCCUCUCCUGGGAAGGCCUGGCCGUGGCUUUUAGGAUCUGAGUUGAACUUCGGAAAGCAUCAGCAGUAUUUUCCCUUUCCUAGCACUUACGCUCCACUCCCUAGAAAUGGGCUCACCUUGGGAAGCCCAGGGGGAGAAUCAGCAGUUCUCCAUCCUCCCUGGGGGUUGGGGAAGGACCCACCUGGUCAGCACAGUGCCUUUUCCUCUCCUGCUCUGAGCCAGGAUGGGUGUUCCCACGAGAUUCAGGUCUGGGCAGGAGGUCCCACUGUUCCUGCUGUGGGGCUGCCUCCCCGUCCCUUCCCUCCCUUCCCCUUUGCUGGCCGGCUCUGACCUAGUCCAGGUGUCUUCUUGCCUCGGGGAGCCUUAAUGGCAUCAAGUGGCAACAUAUAAUGCUGUGCUCCACGCCUCUCCAGAAAGACUUAGAAGAGCAGAUGAGCUUUCCAGAAUGAGAGACUAAUAAGAGAUACUUCUGUGUCACAAAAACAAGGUGGGAGGGAGGGAAAGCUUAGGGCCUCCUUCUGCUGUGACCCUGGGAAAGGAGCCUAAGGGAUGGUGCAGAAGUAGAACCAGAGACACCCGGGAUCCAUUCAGAAACCAGAGAAGGAAUGUGCUCUUCUGUGGGAAGAGAUGAGUAGGGAUGAAAGAGCUCUAAGAAAAUUGCAAAGAAGCCUUAACGUUCAAGCUUCAGGGAGAUCAGAGUUGUUUCUCCCUUUCAGUCCGAGCUAGGGCUCCUUCUGUAUUUAGACCUCUCCUGGGGCAAGAGGGCUAGAUUUCCUCGAUCUGUUACAAGACUAGGUUGGCACCAGUGGGUCCACUGCCCAGAGCGGGUGGUUUCUUCUGUUAACGUGGGUGGCUCACUGCUGAUCUGGUGUGUCCUUGCCUAGCAGCCUUUAGCUAGAUGGCUUUCAGCUGCCAGACCAUUUGGAUAAGGGCAGGCAAUUUGGGGCCUGGCCGGGUUGGCAGGGAAAGAACAAGAUAGAUCUCUUAGGACGGGUUCCCCGCUCCUGCCCCCGCCCCCUAGGAGUAUAAAAACAAGGAGCCAGGAUGGUGCUGGCAGCCAGGGAAACAGUAGUGCCUGUUGGAGUUGGCAGAGAGGCCCUUGGCACCUCUUGCAUCCAGGCAGUCUUGUGAGACGAGGGAACGCAGCACCAGGAAAAGCAGGACUCCAUUCUCACCUCUAUUUUGAGCUUCAGGCCUUUAUUUCAGUACGAGGAAAAACAACAACAAUCUGAAGUGCGCUUUCCGUCCUUUCAAAGGACAACUGUCACGAAAAGAGGGCUGAGUUGCCAGGUGGGAGAGGGGAGUUGGCAGGGCCAGGCGGGAGGACAGAUCCGGGAGUGAGACACCCUUGACUCCUCUCUUCCCUGGUGCGUCGUGAUCCAGGGAAUGAAAAGAAAUUGGACCCUGGAUCAGUCCCCUCCGAGGAUUUUCCUUCCCCCAAGCUCUCCCACGCUUGGACCAGCUGUCCCUUCAGAGCUCAGGGCAGCCUCUUCAACCGUCAUUGGCCUAAGCUGGGCUUGUCAGGACACCAGCCUGCCCUUCUUGGUCGGUCGAUUCUGUACUAAGUGCUGGAGCCAGUGUCUGGUUCAUGGUAGCCCUUGUAGCUCCUAUUCUAAAUGCCCAUCCUCUCCCUGCGGAGGCCAAACCUGCUCUGUCUGUAGCCACAACACACAUUUAUAGCGACACAGCGGGGUGUGACUGAGGAGCUUUGAACCUGGCUGGCCCGGGAAAGCUGCCGGGGUGCACAGAGCUGUCUUGGGGUGUCUCCAUCUGCCCCUACCCCUCCCAUGCCCCAACCCAACUCCCACCAAAAAGUGGAAAAAAAAAAAUCAGGAUGUUUUUCACUGUCCAUUGCUUUGUGUUUUAAUAAACAAUUUGCAGUGACA